CAGACUUUCCGGUUUUCGUCUAUUUUGUCGCCGACGCAUCCCCAAAUUCAACCUCCAUCUAUAUAAAUCAAAACCCUAAUCCACCGACAGUCAAGUCACUGAAUUCCAUUAGUAGAAUCACUCAUUAAUCCGAUCACAGCUAUGGAGCAUCAGUCGUUCCACAAUCUCUUCGAACGCCGUCCGUUGAUCAAGUCCAAAACUCCUGCUGUUAAGUGGUUCAAAGAAUGGGUACCCCAGGAUGUUGUAGCAACAGGUGGAAAAUGCUUCGUUAUGAAAUGGGUCACAGAGGCUCAAAUGAAGGCCAUGAAAGAGAAGUCAAAAAAUCCAGAGGCUGUACUUGAACCUGAACCCGAACCAACUACUGAAGUUCUUUUCCUCUGCAGCUACGAAGGCUGUGGGAAAACAUUUAUCGAUGCCGGGGCUCUAAGGAAGCAUUCUCAUAUUCAUGGAGAGAGACAGUAUAUAUGCCAUUAUGAGAAUUGUGGAAAGAAAUUUUUGGAUAGCUCGAAGUUAAAGAGACAUUUUCUUAUCCAUACAGGCGAGAGAGAUUUUAUUUGUCCGCAUGAAGGUUGCGGUAAGGCGUUCUCGUUGGAUUUCAACUUGAGGUCACACAUGAAGACACAUUCUCAAGAGAACUAUCAUAUUUGCCCAUACCAAGAAUGUGGCAAGAGAUAUGCUCAUGAAUACAAGCUAAAGAAUCACAUUAUGUCUCAUCAUGAAAAGCAGAACAGCAAUAACAACUUGAUUGAAGUUGCGCCCAAGUACGUCCAGGUCCAACCUGUCGAAAAACCACCUCCCAAGCCACCAAAGGCGGCUGCAACCGCCACUUACGCCACUGCAUCAUCUGACCGCCCUUACGCCUGUCCAUACGAAGGAUGCGAAAAGGCUUACAUACAUGAAUACAAGCUCAACCUCCAUUUAAGACGAGAACACCCUGGUCAUUUCCCUGACGAUAAUCCCAAAAACGCCCGUAACAAAAACAACGAUACUGACAUGGAUGCCGGCAGUGACCACGAAGGAUAUGCUGUGAAACGUGGAAAUGCCAAAUCCCAUAAACAGAACCGGCCCAAACCCACCAUAAAGCUUCCGCCAGCGAAAGCUGUGAAGCGCAAGCCACCACCACCUGCUGCUGCCGCUAAGAAGCAGCCAUGGCCGGUGGUUAAAGAAGUGCAGGAGGAAGAAGACAGUGAGGAGACUGAAGAAGAUCGUGGCGGUGAUAAUGGUGAGGAUGGGUGGAGGUAUGGCGGUGAUGAUAACGACGACGACGAGGAGACCGAGUACGAGGACUAGUCUACAGGAGAAAGAGAAAAUAUAUUUGUUUGGUCCAUGGACUAAAAGUCUAAAGGAUAAAAGUGUUUUUGGUUACAAUGGUAAUAGAUUUGUUUAUUUUUUUGUGUUAUUUUGUAAAUGUUAAACAAGGAGAAAAUUUUCAUCACCUGUUUAACCAUGUUGGUUCUAGUCUAAGAUAACUUGCUAGAAAUUACAUAAUGUUU